AUGAGGAAGCUGUGCCCUAACCUUGACAAAGAAGAUGGCCUCGACACCGUCCUUGAGGUGCCAAUUCCUGAGGAAAUGUUCAACAGCAUGGGCAGCAACGCCAUGUUGCGUUGGGCAAACCUACGCUCUUUCAUGAAAGCUCAGUCCCACGUCGACAGGUCUUCAAAUGGUAAAUCCCAUUUCUCAUCACGAUCGAACAAUGAGUUCAUGGCCUUGCUUAAGCUUGUGGGCUCUCCUCUCAUCCCCCUCCAGGUUCACUGCGACAAUGCCCUCACCCGCCCCAUUAAAGAUUGUUCCAUUGAGGCUUCUACGGCAAAAUAUAUAGUGCAGCAAUAUGUAGCGGCGACUGGGGGACUGGCGGUAUUGAACUCGGUGAAGAGUAUGUACGCCGUGGGCGAGAUGAAGAUGGUGGGAUCGGAAAUGCGUCAAGGUGAUGACUCUGUGCAUGUGCCAACCAAAGGCAAUAGUGAGGUUGGAGGGUUUGUUCUAUGGCAAAAGAAUCCCGACUUGUGGUACUUGGAAUUGGUUGUUUCCGGCUUCAAGGUCAGCGCCGGAAGCGACGGCAAGGUUGCAUGGAACCAAUCCGGCUCUCAACCUUGCCAUGCCAAUAAAGGCCCCCCAAGACCCCUCCGUCGCUUCUUUCAGGGAUUGGACCCUCGGAGCAUAGCAAAUCUGUUCCUAGACGCAGUAUGCAUAGGGGAGAAAACCAUUAACAAAGAGGAAUCUUUCAUACUCAAGCUUGAGACCCCCACAGAGAUCCUACAAUCCCAAAGCACACCCCAGACGGAAAUUGUUCACCACACAAUAUGGGGCUACUUCAGCCAACGGACGGGGCUGCUCAUCCAAUUCGACGACACCAAGUUGGUCAAGAUGAAGUCAAGAUACGACAAUGUGUUUUGGGAAACGACGAUGGAGACGGUGAUCGGAGACUAUAGAUACGUGGACGGGAUCAACAUAGCACACGGCGGCAAGACGUCUGCCUUGCUGUACAGGUACGGGCAUGCAUUUAACCAGAAGAGAAGGAUUGAGGAGACGUGGAAGAUUGAAGAGGUUGAUUUCAAUAUUUGUGGGUUGUCCAUGGAGUGCUUUCUGCCUCCUGCAGAUCUUAAGAGAGAAGACGGUGGAGAUCAAUAAGGAGUGGGAGUGAGCUAGUACGUACGGAAUUGCGUUUUGUUCAAUUUAUUUUAUAGAAGCAAAGUAUAAAAUAGAAAGAAAGAACUGCAUGUACAUAUAGGUAAAACGCAAUCGGUUUUGCUUUGAAAG